UAAAACCAAAAUGGUGGCGCCAAAGCUUGACAACAAAGCGCCUUUUUGCGUCCCGAGCGAAGAACAGGAAAGUUUUCAGACGCUUCUCUUCGGCGACCAUUGAACGUCAGCAAAGUUCCGACUUUAAAGCCUGAAGACUUUCCGCUCGCCCAAAUGUUGACAUGGCUCCGAAAAACGAGCAGCUUUUCAUCGUUUUGUCCAUCCUGGAAGGUCGGGACUUUCCAAAGCGCUCCCAGCUCAGCCUGGAGGUUCAGGCCAGCUUCGAUGGCGAGCAGCUGACCACGGACCCGGUGGACCACCUGGACCAGCCUCAGUUCAGCACGGAGCUGGCGUGGGAGCUGGACCGCAAGAUGCUGCACCAACACAGACUGCAGAGAACGCCCAUCAAGCUUCACUGCUUCGCCGUGGACUCCGGCAAAGGCAGCAGGGACAGCGUGGGCUACAUCGUCCUGGACCUCAGAUCCGUGCACGAAGUCUCUCAGGAGCCUCGCUGGUACCCCCUGCUGAGCAGCAGGUACACCAAGACCAAGCCCUCGCUGCUCCUCAGCAUGCUGCUGGAGAAUGCCGGGGGGUCCUCCCCGCUGGCGUCCCCCAAGACCAGGAAGGACCCGUCCAGGCAAGAGCCCCCGGCAGUCCACCAUGGGGACCACCCCCUCGCCGCCCAGCAGCCCACGGACAAACUGGAGGCGCUCCUGGUACCGGAGAAGGGCUACCACCAGGUGGGAGCGGCCGACGUGGCGGUCGACAUGUUUGUGCUGUCCGUCACCGUGGCGUUCGCCUCCAAGCUGGAACAGCUCAUCCCCAGCACCAUGAAGGUGUCGGCCGAGGGCUCCAGCUUCUUCUUCUUCUACACGCUGCUGGGGAACGACAUCACCAGCGAGCCUUUCCAGAACCUCCUCGCUCCCGACUUCCAGCCGGAGCGCGCCUCCGUGCGCAUCCGCAGCAGCGAGCGGGUCCUGCGCCGCUUCCUGUCCCGGCAGCCUUCUCUGCAGAUCCACCUGUGCUGUGGGGCGCACUCGCUGGGAAGCGCCGACGUCCCCCUGGCCACGCUGUCCGCUCUCGCCGUGGAUCUGGCGAAGAGGGCGGCGACGGUGGAGGGCGUGUUCGCUCUGCACCCCCCCGCCCUCCUCAGACACGCCCUGCCGCCUCAGCCCACCGACCUGCGGCCCAACGUCAGCGUGGCGGUCACUCUUCGACAGGAGGAUGUCCCGCCUACGCCGCAGCCUUUAGCCAAUAGAGACGCAAGUAAGACAAACCCCGCCCCUCCUCCGUCCGCUGGCGUCAUGGCUCCUCCCACCGAGGAGCGAGUCGCCACUUCGACUCCCGUCCGAAACCCGCCCGAUGCGUCGCCGUCUCCUCCCCCCGCCCAUCCUUCCUCACACAGGGAGGCGGAGCAUCAGCAGGAAGCCCAAGAAUGGACAGCGCCUCCAGACAACAUGGCCGCCGCCGUCUCCAGUCAGCCGGAAGCAGAGGGCGGAGCCUCGGCCGUCUUCAUCCUGCCCCCCAAAGUGUCCAUCCCCCCGUCGGCGCACCACUACCGCUUCUCCUUGGACCUGUGCAGCCUCCGCAACCUCAGCCCCUCCCACCCCAUCAACGCCACGCUCAGGUACUUGUACCCGUUUUUUGGCAGCGUGUCGCCCGUGGUGACGAGCCCCCCGGUGGAGCUGCACGGGAACACGGAGGCGUCUCCGCCGCAGUCCUACUGCGCCUUCAACUUCGCCGCCGCGCCGCAGCUGCUCCAGGACACCUUCCUCAGGGUGCCGCUGGUGUUGGAGCUCUGGCACAGGGACCCCGGGGGCGGGGACCACCUCAUGGGACGGGCCUCGCUCCGGCUGUCUCACCUGCUCGCCGCAGAGAGGACGGCGUGCCCGGCCGACACAGGAGAGGCUCGCUGGUCCCAGACCCACCAGGACCGGGUCCUUGUCUACGAUACUCAGAGCCAGAAGGUGGCUGAGGUGGACUACGUGGCCGUGCUGGACCACUUUGGACUGGUCGACGUCCGAGACCUUCCUGGGUCCCAGUCCACCAAGACCCAACCUGCGGUUCCUCCACAAGCGGCCCCGCCGACGCUGCCCCCCGGCCCCCGGGACACCCUGGAGUACCACAAGGCCCUGGAACUGGAGCUGUGGAAGGAGAAGCAGGAGGACCACUUCAAUGAUCAGCUGAGGAGGAAGGAGAUGUUUCACAUGAAGACUUUAGCGGAGGAAUGGAUGAGACGAGAACGUGGGAGGGAAGCCUUGGUCAGCAGGAAGGAGAUGGAGUGCAGCCGCCUGGAGGAGCAGCUUCAGACCACCUUGGUCCAUCUGGAGAAGAAGGACAAGCAGCUGACGGAGGCCCAGCUCAAGACGCAGAGGCUGCAGCGUGACCUCCUGGCCGAGCACAACCUGGGCCAGAAGGAGCUCCAGGAGAAGAGCAGGAGGUUGCAGAUGGAGUGCGAGCACCGCGUGGCGCUGGAGAAGGACAAAGUCCGCCUGAUGGAGGAGGAGCGAGAACGUCUGCUCAAGCAGUUGUCUGACGCAGAAGGUCGCUACAAGCAAGUGGAGAAGGAGUUCCUCGUCUUCAAGGAGCAGCAGAACAUCAGACCUGAAGUACGUCUGCAGUCGGAGAUCAACAUCCUCACUCUGGAGAAGGUGGAGCUGGAGAGGAAGCUGGAGUCCACCACCAAGUCCAAACUUCACUACAAGCAACAGUGGGGCCGUGCCCUCAAAGAACUGGCACGCUUCAAACAGCGGGAGCAGGAAAACGCCAUGACGCGUCUGAAGAAGCAGCAGGCGGAGCUGGACGCCAUGAGGCUGCGUUACCUAGCAACAGAAGAAAAGGAGGCGGUCCGCCAGGACAGACAGGAGCUGGGGGACAUCAGGAACCAAGUGAACAGAUUCAAGCAGCAGCAGCAGCGGGGCGACGGACCCCUGGACCCCCCCGCCCCCAUCCUGAGCGAGAGCGCCGACGACCACGUGUCCCGCCUGCUGGAGGAGCGGGACACGCUGCUGAGGACCGGCGUGUACACCCAAGAGGACCGCAUCAUCGCCGAGCUCAGCAGGCAGAUCCAAGACGCCCUGGCGGGAAGAACCUCGUCCAAUCCGCCGUGACCCGGACCAGCGCUGAACAGGACAGAGACAUGUUUGCUAGCAGGAGCCUUUGCUAACGAGGUCAGUUACUUUGGGAGGCGAGCGCUAGCAAAGCUAAGCUAAAAUGAGGCAUAUGAAGCGUUUGUGUAGUUUUACAACAUAUUUCCUGAAAUGUAAAGUCUUUAUCUUUAUUUAUGUUGAUGCUAUACAGGAGUCGGCCACUGGGCGGCGCCACAGCCUGCCGUGAGUCUGUGUAAAUGUAGAUGGAAUAAAAAUGUUUCGAGUCAACUAGAAGACUUUGUUUUCAACCAGGACCUGACUUUUUAUUUUUCCACUCAUGCAAACGUGAGCAUGGACACUUAGUUUGCUACUCAGCGGCCACUUCCUGCUCGCUCGUCACGUGACUAGUCGCUUGAACCCGGAAGUGUUGCCCUGGGUAAAAAGUUUGUGAAGGACAACAUUUUAAGAUGACUUUUAAGCUAAAUGUUUUUCUUUAGCGUCAUUAAAGCUUUUUUUUGGUCAGGCACAAAAUGUCAACUUUGGUGUAUGAGGUGCGCCUUUGGUGGUGGACGUGAAGCUAAACGUUAAAUAACU